GGCAUCUUCUCCAUUACAUUACAUAUAUAGUUCAACAUAUAUAUCUCCAACACUUUCCGCAUUUCAACUACAUCAUCACUCCUUCUUCCCAACACAAACCGAAAUGGAGGAGGCCAGCAACAGGCUACUCGCCGGCGAUGUCGACGACGGCGGCGACUUCGACGGGAAGAUCCAAAUGAAUCUCCUCAAUUCCGAUCCCAAGAAGAAGAAGACGACUGUUGAUAAUAAGGGCGGCUUCCGAACCAUUCCAUUCAUCAUACUGAACGAGGCGUUUCAUACGCUAGCAAGCACGGGGCUGAACGCGAACAUGGUAAUCUACCUGACGAGUUCCUUCCACAUGGAGGCCGCCGCGGCUUCCAGCUUCAUCUCUCUGUGGGCCGCGGCUUCCAGCGCGCUGGCCGUAUUCGGGGCUUCGCUCUCCGACUCCUUCCUGGGCCGGUUUCGGGUCAUCGUCCUCGGCUGCUGCUUCUCCCUUCUCGGAACCACUCUAUUCUGGUCAACGGCAAUGCUACCCCAGCUCCACCCGCCGGCGACAACCACCGCCACCGCGACCCCGUUCCAGCUCUCCGUCCUCUACGCAUCGCUGGGCCUCAUCUCCCUAGGCGCCGGUUGCCUCCUGCCGUGCUCCAUGGCGUUCGGGGCCGACCAGCUGGACAACAAGGACAACCCGGACAACGACAAGGUCCUGCAGCGCUUCUUCAACUGGUACUACGCCGUCGCCGGGGCCGCCACGCUGCUGGGGCUCACCGUCCUCGUCUACGUCCAGGACAGCUACGGGUGGGAGGUGGGGCUGGCCGUCCCUGCUUUCCUCAUCCUGUUCUCCGCGCUGCUCUUCUUGCUCCCAUCUUCGAUCUACGUGAAGCACGAGGCCAAGAGCAGCUUGUUUGCGGGCUGCUUUCGGGUUGUGGUGGCGGCGGGGAGGAAGGCAGGUAGGGUUGGUGAUGGUGCGGUGGCGAGUUUGGUUGGUGAUGGCGGUGGCCGGUUUUUCCAAGGUCGUGUUGGUUCCGGCGAGUUUACGAUUACCUGCCCAACUCCUAACUUUAGG